UGACAUGUCAACAAAAUGGCUAUUCUUUACGAAGACAUAUUUUCUGGAAGAAGUAAUUGAGAAGUUGUACCUUUGCUAUUAUAUAACCAUGAAAGUGACGAUUUCAUCGGAUUCAGAUCAAGCUGUAUCAAAACUGUGUCCAAACUUAUCCGUCAGCAAACGAUGGAAGUACUUCAGAAGAAUAUUGAAAUAUCGUCAAAUGGAUUUUGAAUUCGCUUUAUGGCAAAUGUUAUACCUUUUUAUAUCCCCUAGUAAAGUGUACAGAAAUUUUGAAUAUCAUAAACAUACAAAACAUCAAUGGGCAAGGGAUGAUCCUGCAUUUCUUGUUCUUUUGAGCAUUUGGCUCUCAGUUUCCUGCAUUGGCUUUUCACUUGUUCUUCAUCUAAGCUUUUUCGCAUUCAUCCGUUUCACUUUAUGGGUUGUGUUAAUGGAGUUUGUUGGAGUUGGUUUACUCAUUGCCACUUUGUUAUGGUUCAUUUCAAACAAGUAUUUACGAACACGUAAUGCAGAGGGAACAAAACAACUUGUUGAGUGGGGAUAUGCAUUUGAUGUGCACCUGAAUGCUUUCUUCCCACUUUUGGUAAUCCUUCAUGUUAUUCAGCUCUUUUUUGUCAAGUUUCUGGAUCAUCACCAUGGGUUCACAAUACUUCUGUGCAACACAUUAUGGUUGAUUGCUUUUAUUUACUAUGGCUAUAUAACAUUUUUAGGAUACAGUGCUUUGCCAUUCCUCCGCAGGACAGUUGUAAUGCUAUACCCAGUGCCCUUGUUGCUGAUUCUAUAUAUUUUGGCAUUUGUGUACUCAUGUAACAUUGGUCACGAAGUACUAGACUUUUACAAAAAUGUGAUACGGUAGUAAUUCAUAUAUGUUGCAUGUUGAAGAGCAACUGAACGCUGUUAGCGGUAUGUUGGUGUAUAAAGAUUCAAGUUAACCAUACAAAUAUAUGGUCUGACUAACCAAGAACUUCACAGUGAAACUGAGAAACCACAAACACUCAAGGUGAUCUGAUAGAAAUGGUUUCUUCAGUUUUUCAAAGAAAACAAUAAUUUAUAACUACCAUGCCCAUGCAUGAGAGAAAAUUAAAUACUGUAAUUAGAAUCAUCGUUUUAAAACUGAAUAAGAUAACAGACUUGCUGAAUCAUGUUGGUUUCCAACUUAAUCCUUAUGAAACUUGUUUUAUACCCACAAGUCCUUAUUUGUU